CGCGGAAGCAGCUGGGGGUUUCAACCAAGCAGGGCUCGGAAGCCAGUUGUUGGCGCUGUCCGUGGUGCUGAGGAAUUCCCGGCUGCCGGCAGGAUGAGCUCCGAAUCAGCAGCAGUCUACAAACUGCUCCCAGCGAUGCCAAACCCCAGCUAAAGUUGCGCCUUUGCUUCACGUCCACAGUUAGGAUCUUCUGGUGUCUGAGGAGGGAUCCAGACAACAUACUGUGGACGAUGCUGAUGGCUCUGCCGGUGGAGUGUGCUUUAAGCUUCAGUAUGCCGUUUCUGUUUGUGAUCCUCAGAGCCUAGCCAAGUCACCUCUACUGCUGUAGCAAACACUGUGUAAGUGAACCCAUGUGUGGAGGAGGCGUAAGCAGCCAGGAAAUUUCAUAGAAGGAUCUAAGAAAAUGCUAAAAAUAAGUUCAACAUGAUUCUGCUACCGGGGUCCGGAUUUCCACAGGACCAGCAUUGCUUCUUGCUUUGAAUUCUGAAGACAGGUCCAAAGCGUAUUUCUUAUGUGUGUCUGCUGUUUCUCUCUGGAUGGGUGGGAGACUGCUUCUUGGCUGUGUUUUGAAAUGGGAGGUAGAGAGGAUGGAUUGCCUUUAAUUCGUGCCUGAAAAUGCAUUCUUUGGGUGACUAAAGAGGACCGGCUUUCCUAAGACAUACCUGACCUUUAAGUUCAGAUUGGUCUGUGACCCCCAGCACCACCAUUAACCUCAGAGUGACUCGCCCACCCCUCUUACAUUCCCAUGGAAGGAGCUGAGUGUAUUUAAUACUGGGAGAACAUCCAGAAGCCCGUGAGGAGUGGGAUGGCUCUUCAUAUUCAUGAAGCUUGCAUACUUCUAUUGGUCAUCCCUGGAUUGGUCACCUCUGCUGCCAUCAGUCACGAAGACUAUCCCGCUGAUGAAGGUGACCAGGCUUCCAGUAAUGACAAUCUGAUCUUUGAUGACUAUCGAGGGAAAGGGUGUGUGGAUGACAGCGGCUUUGUAUACAAGUUGGGAGAACGGUUUUUCCCGGGGCAUUCCAACUGUCCAUGUGUCUGUGCUCUAGAUGGACCUGUUUGUGACCAGCCAGAAUGCCCUAAAAUUCAUCCGAAAUGUACAAAAGUGGAACACAAUGGAUGCUGUCCCGAAUGUAAAGAAGUGAAAAACUUUUGUGAAUAUCAUGGAAAAAAUUACAAAAUCUUGGAGGAAUUUAAGGUAUGAGUUACCCUCCAUAUUUAUUGAAUUCUAAUUUUCACUGCAUAAAAGUAAAGCUGGAAAACAUACAAUAGCAUGACUCUAGGUAGCAAGAGUAGCACCAAGGUUGACAGAUGACCAGUUAGUUCAUCGCUCAGUAUCUGAUAGUAAUCUCUCUACUCUGACAUCUUCAGCUCUUGUUUAAUAUCUUUUCAUUUUUAAUCGCUAAAAACAAUCUUUCUGUGUUUUUACAAGAUAUGAUUUUGGAGGGAGAUUGUUGGAAGAUAUGCCUGUUAAAUUAAUCUUCCUAUUCUGCUAGCUUCCUGACUUAUUAAUUUUUAUUUGGAACCAUUUACCAAUGGCCUUGGCAUAUUUGUUUGCUGUGUAGAAAUGCACAUGCUACAGAAGGACUCAGAGCUGUGAUCUCAACAUUAAGAAAAUGUAUUGGGCCUACUUGUUAUAGGGCAGGGCUCUGGCUCAGCUCUCUGCUAAUCAGAUGAUUUCCUUACAAGACUUCCUAGGGAAAUGAAUUUAUUAUGGACUUUAAAAAGACAAGUUAACUUUUCAAUGACAUAUUUGUUUUCCUUUCAUCUUUGUGUCUUAAUUUAAAUAACGUGGAUCUUGUUUUUAUUUAUUCUUAAGUUCUCUUUUCUCUGAUGGCUAAUUUUAGUUAGAAUGUUCUACAAGACACAUAUGAGUCCUGGGAAAUGAAUUAAUGCAUCAAGAAUAUCCUAGUUAAUUGUAGUGACAGUUUAUGUGUUGAAUGUCUUCC